AUGUCAAAAACAGUCAAGGAUGCUAUCGAGACAAUUCCUACUGAUGAAAUUAAUAGCAUUUCUCUUUCUUUAGUUAGGAGCGAAAUAUUAACCAAGGUCAUUGAAUACUGCAAGAAGCACAACAGCGCGCAGAUGUCAGAUGUUGAUCUCAUGGAUUGGGAUGUUGAAUUCGCCAAUGUUCAUUAUACAACGCUGUUUGAUCUUGUUUUAUCUGCAAACUACAUGAAUAUCAACUGUCUGUUGGACCUGGUAUGUGGUAAAAUAGCAGACAUGAUAAAAGGAAAGACACCGGGCGAAAUUGCCAAGUUAUUUGACAUUAAAGAUGUCUCUACAUAUGAAGAGGACAACUAG